AUGGAAGGGUAUCUGUCUGAGUAUGUGACGGCAUCUUUCAAACACAACGUACCAUCCAGCAAACGAUUGCACCAGUCAAUUCAAUUGAUGCAGAUCCUACGGAUGAUCCUUUUAGGUCCACCAACUCAGCCUGCAAUAGACACAACAUGUGAAGGAACAAAUUCUGAUUUUACAAGCUCCAUUGAUUUGUGCAAGCAGGAGAAAAAUGGGCCCUUGGCCCCUUCAAGUGAUGGGACUGUGGCAAUGAAGAAAUGUGGCCAUCCCAUGUGUUAUUUUAGUGUUACUGGCAGAAAAUGUCUCUUGGCAGAAGAACAGAGAGAAGAAGACAAAAAACUGGAGCUGUUAUCCGCAGUCAGGUUUUUGAGGAAAGCUCAGUUGCUGGUGAGUUUAGGUUGUGGUGGUGGAAAAGCAUUGAAUCAGUUGCAUUCAAUGGGGUGGUAUAAGUAA